AUGGAUACGAACGCAGGAACCGCGUGCUCAGUGCUUGGCCCGCCAGAAUUCCCCAAUCAUCGAUCUGAUAGUCGCCAUGAUGAACCCCGAAGACAGCCCGCCGGCUUCUUGUUUGUCGAUUAUCAGGACCAGGCUUCCCACGGCUCAACGUUGGCCAAGAAGAAGCAGGCCUUCAUCAAGAAGGUCUAUCAUCAAUCCCCCACAUUCCCCAUCGAACAAUACGAGGGAGGAUCCAGCUCCUUCGACCGAGCGUUGCGGCCCGCUGGGAUUGAUCCCUUUGCUUCGCUCUGCGUGCCUGCCAAGACCAGUGUGGAUUUUUACUUUGACCACUACCGGACCGAAUGUUCCUGGUCGAUUUAUCCCUUCGGAGCGACGGGCGUAAGCAUGUGGUGGUGGCAGCAGUCAAUCGAGCAGCCGGCCCUCUUGUACAUCAUCCUGGCAACCAGUGCCUCCCACCGAGCCGGCCGGGGCCUCAUUGCGCAGGCCCCCAAGGCCGCCCGAGAUUCUUAUCGGGAUUCCCUAGAGUACCGGCAAAAGACUCUAACAGAACUCCAGAGCAUGAUGCAGAUUCCAGGCACGAGCACAAGUUUACUUCGGUCUAUGGCAGUGAUCAUCGCCCAUAUGAUCUGCGUAGAGGCCGCAGAUACCAAUUUGGAAGCCGUAGACGGCCAUGUGCGCGGGAUGAUCAAGAUAGUUCAUCUGGUGGGCGGCCUUGAUACGUUCAGUGACGUAGACGCUCCCAUUAUCUACAGUGCCAAUUUUAUGAGCGCAGCUGCCAGAGGCUCGGCACCGCCCUUGCCGAUAACCAUGGCUUGGAAAGCCAGAGUACUUGAAAGCCUGUAUAGCCUCACUGCGACCGACGACGUCCUGCAUGCUUCUUCAAUCGGCUUUCGCUUAUUCAACUCACCGUGGUCACAAGCGAUCCUUCCUAGUUUGCGAUCUAUCAUUAAGCUGUUCCAAAAAACCACGCACUACAUGUGUAAUACUGGACCCGUGGAAGAAGCUCCUGUACUCAACGACUGGUUGGUCUACACAGCCCAACAGUUGUUGUUGAUCGCCCCAGUCUGCAUGCCCUCUAACUUGCAGGAGUGCCUGCGACUAUCAGUACUGCUCUUCGCUGCAGUCCAAGUCUGGGGCUUUCAGGGCUUGCUAUUCCUAAAUCAGCCCGUACUGGCUUUCCACUGCCGCUUGGAAACUGCGCUUCUCUCUAUUCAACGCAUGGCGCCCGAUUUAGCUUUCUGGAUGCUCUUCACCGGCGGGAUUGCAGCAAUGGGCCAUUAUAGUCGUGGAUGGUUCGUAGACCGCCUCGCCUCGGUCGCCGGCCAACUAUGCCUCACCACGUGGGACAGCGCGCGGACCUUAAUGAACUUGGAUAUCGUUCCUAACUGGCUCCGGAUUAUCCUCCUUAUUUUGAGCAUCGCCUCCUUUUUGCCGCAGUUGCAGCGAAUAUGGCAGCAGUUUACUCUACUGUUCUUUCUACUCGUCAAUCAGACAGAGAACGUCGAUGUCAUCCAUAAGACCACUGGAGAUUGGAUCAACCUUGCCCAGCUGUGUGCUGUUUGGAUACUAUGGGUUUCAUUGUUUUCUUUGGGUCUCUACUACCCCUCAGACCAGCACAGCCGUGGACGCAAGGUUUCUGCCUUGCUCCUGUACAUUGUGCACUUGCUUGUCUCUGUUGUCCCUGUUGUUGCUGAUGCCAUUGAUUAUUAUCUCGUCAGCACCGGAGAGGAUGCAGCAUACCGCAACUUCGGGCUCGAUAUCUUUGGCGGAUACCACUAUGGCUUUAUUCACCCGGCAAUGACUCUAGUAGGAAUCUAUGCCUGGUUUCCGCAGAAUGACGAACUUCAUCGUCAAACCCAGGUUCACUCCCUCAGUCAGACCGGUCUAGCUGCUCAGGCGGUGAUAUUCGCAUUUGUUGCUAUCUCGUGGACCAUGAGAACGAAUUUAUACAACAGUAACCUUCCAAAUCUCCCUUUCUGGGCUACCAUCCCUGAAUGGUUUAUUUAUGUGUGGGUACGUCACCGUGAGCAGUCCUCCACAGACCAGGAAACACAACCUUUGCUCUCAGAAAGGGCAUCGCAAAGUGAAGAAUGA